UUCCCAAUUUUCCAAACAAUGUCUGAAAUUUAAGAGUCAGUGAGACAUCCAUGGAAAUGGAGGACUUCUCGUAGCAACUUAUUAAUAAGUCAACGCUUUGGGAAAUCCAUGGAAUCGAAUACUGAAAUGGUCGACUUCGGAAAAUCCAUCAUAGUACCCAGUGUUCUGGAGCUGGCAAAGCAGUCCAUCCCUAAAAUCCCUCUUCGCUAUCAACGUGCCGAUCAGGACCCCCCCAUCGUUCCCGGCGGAGAAUCUGGGCCGCCGGUACCGGUCGUUGAUCUUCGCCGACUGGCCAUCGGAGAUUCUGCUUCUCCCGAAAUUGACAAGUUGCAUUCUGCGUGUAAGGAAUGGGGAUUCUUCCAGAUUAUAAACCAUGGAGUUCCAACCUCAUUGCUGGACGAAUUCAGAAGGGAAAUUGAAAGUUUCUUCAAUCUUCCCUACGAUGAAAAGAAGUUGCUUUGGCAAAACUCAGAGAGUCAAGAAGGAUUUGGGCAGCUUUUUGUGGUAUCGGAUGAGCAGAAGCUUGAUUGGUCAGACAUGUUCAAAAUAACUACUCUCCCUCUUAGUCUAAGGAAUCCUCAUCUUUUUCAUAAGCUUCCACCAAAACUCAGAGAGACAUUGGAAGCUUACUCAAUUGAAAUCAAGAAGUUGGCAAUUGUCAUCUUGGACCAUUUGGCUGGAGCUCUGAAGAUGGAUGUUGAGGAAAUGAGAGAGCUAUUUAGAGAUGGUGUUCAGUCAGUGAGGAUGAAUUACUAUCCUCCAUGCCCUGAGCCUGAUAAGGCCAUUGGAUUCUCCGCUCACUCAGAUGCUGAUGCUUUGACAAUUCUCUAUCAGCUCAAUGAAGCCGAAGGAUUGCAAAUUCGAAAAGGUGGGAGAUGGGUUGCUGUUAAACCACUUCCAAAUGCAUUUGUAGUCAACAUUGGAGACAUCAUGGAGAUAGUAAGCAAUGGAGUAUACAAGAGCAUCGAGCAUAGAGUUUCAUUGAACUGUUCCAAGGAAAGGCUUUCAGUUGCAACAUUCUAUAGUUCAAAUCUAAACUCGGAGUUGGGUCCAGCCAAAAGCCUCGUUGGACCGCAUAACCCAGCAGUUUUUCGAAGAGUUAUGUUGGAGAAGUAUUUCAAAGACUUCUUUGCUCGUAAACUAGAAGGAAAAUCAUACCUUGAGCAUAUGAGAAUAGAGAAUGAGGGCGACCAUGUUUGUUGAAAGUUGGUUACCGAAAGGAAAGAGAAGGAAUAUCAGGCGUAUGCUUGUCUCGCACAGGUGCAAGUGGAAGAAAUCAUAUAUCCAUAUCAGAAACAGUGAAAUGAGGAAUAAAUUGGUACAGGUUGACCUUACAUUCUUAACCAUUAAUUUCCUGACCUUCACAAUCGUAGUAGAAUUUGUAGGAUAAAAGCAAAUUUCUCAUCAUAAUUCUGUAUUCUUUCCACUGUUAUGAUUUGAAUGUUGGACCUAAGAGGAUUGAUUGUUCUAGGCUUUAUGGGCUGCCCCCGAUCCAGCAAGUGCUUGGAAAGUAAAAUUAGAAUUAACCAAUA